AUGCCAAAGCGGUCCGAGGAGAUGCUGGUGGAUCUGUGGAUGUCCUUGCUGCUGGUGUGGAUUACUUGUGUUCCUUGUGUGUCCAUGACUCCCAUCAUAGGCCAGUCCAAAAGUACACAAACCGGCGGGUCUGCAGCGGAGCCGAGCGGUCCUGGCGAAGGACAAAGAUUACUGAGCCGCGCCAAGAGAGGAUGGGUUUGGAAUCAAAUGUUUGUGCUGGAGGAAUUCUCUGGACCCGAUCCAAUUCUGGUUGGCAGGCUACACACAGACUUAGAUGUGGGCGGCAAGAACAUCAAGUACGUCCUGGCGGGCGAGGGCGCCGGCACCAUCUUCGCCAUCAACGAGCUGACGGGCGACAUCCACGCCAUGAAGAGGCUGGACCGCGAGGAGAAGGCUGAGUACACGCUGACGGCCCAGGUCGUCAACGCCGACACGGACGAGCCCCUGGAGCCGCCGUCCGAGUUCAUCAUCAAAGUCCAGGACAUUAACGACAAUCCGCCGCAGUUCAACGAGGGCCCUUACCGAGCCUCUGUUCCAGAAAUGUCUGCUGUUGGUACCCCGGUUACCCGGGUAACAGCAACAGAUGCCGAUGAUCCGGUGUACGGGAACAGCGCUAAACUGGUCUACAGCAUACUGGAGGGACAACCAUAUUUCUCCGUAGACCCCAACUCUGCGACCAUAAAAAUUGCUCUCCAUGGGAUGGAUCGGGAGAUGAGGGAGGAGUACCUGGUGGUCAUUCAGGCUAAGGACAUGGGAGGACACAUGGGCGGCCUGUCCGGGACCACCACUGUCACCGUCACGCUGACGGACAUCAACGACAAUCCACCCAAGUUCUCUAAAAGUUUGUAUGAGUUUGUGAUCCCAGAAGAUCUACCGAUAGGGAAAAUGGGCGGCAAGGUAAAAGCGAAUGACAGGGACAUCGGCGAUAAUUCCAAAUCAACGUAUAGCAUCAUCGAGGGAGAUGACCACGGCAUGUUUGAGAUUGCCACGGACACGCAGACACAAGAGGGGAUCCUUCGACUGAAGAAGCCUAUAGACUACGAGAGCAAGAGAGCCUACACCCUGAAGGUGGAAGCCACCAACGUCCAAUCGGAGCCCAGCAGUGGUGUGCCCUUCAAGGACACGGCUACGGUUAAGGUCGUGGUGGAGGACUCCGACGAACCUCCGGUUUUCUUCAAACCCGUGUACCUGCUGGAAGUGAACGAAAACGCCCCCGUCAACACCGUCAUAGGGACGGUCACGGCCAGGGAUCCAGACUCUAUGGGGAGCCUCGUCAGAUACUUCAUCGACCGGCACACGGACCUGGAGAGGCAGUUCAACAUCAACGUGGACGACGGGAAGAUCACACUGGCCAAACCGCUGGACCGGGAGACGGACAUGUGGCACAACAUCACGGUGACCGCCACAGAAGUCAGAAACCACAGUCAGAUAUCGAGAGCAAUUGUGGCCAUCAGAGUGAUGGACAUUAAUGACAAUGCCCCUGAAUUUGCCACCGAAUAUGAGGCCUUUCUGUGUGAAAAUGGAAAACCUGGACAGGUGAUCCAGACUGUCAGCGCGGUGGACAAAGACGACCCGAUCCAGGGACACUACUUCGACUAUCGUCUAGUCCCAGAGAUGCUCAACAACCCCAAUUUCACCAUCAAGAACAACCAAGACAAUUCAAUCAGUGUUGUGACCAAGCACGAUACCUUCAGGCGACAGAAGCAGGAGAUGUACUUCCUGCCAAUCAUUGUGACGGACAACGGGAGCCCGCCGAUGAGCAGCACCAACACCUUGACCAUCCGAGUGUGCGGGUGCAGUAAGGACGGCAUUGUCCAGUCCUGCAACGUGGAGGCCUACGUCUUACCCAUCGGCCUUAGCAUGGGAGCUCUCAUUGCCAUCCUGGCCUGCAUUAUACUGCUGUUAGUAAUAGUAGUACUUUUUGUGACCCUGAGGAGACACAAGAAUGAGCCUCUGAUUAUUAAGGAUGACGAGGAUGUGAGGGAAAAUAUUAUCCGCUACGAUGACGAAGGAGGCGGCGAGGAGGACACAGAGGCCUUCGACAUUGCGACGCUGCAGAACCCGGACGGCAUCAACGGUUACCUGCCGCGCAAGGACAUCAAGCCCGACCUGCAGUUCAUGCCGCGGGCGGGCCAGCACUCCGGCCCGAACGGCGUGGACGUGGACGAAUUCAUCAACGUGCGGCUUCACGAGGCAGACAAUGAUCCCACGGCGCCGCCUUACGACUCCAUCCAGAUCUAUGGAUACGAGGGUCGGGGGUCCAUUGCCGGCUCCCUCAGCUCGCUGGAGACGGCGUCGUCGGACUCGGACCAGAACUAUGACUAUCUCAGAGAGUGGGGGCCGCGCUUCAGAAGACUUGGGGAGCUCUACUCUGUGGGCGAGAGCGACCGCGAGACCUGA